AUGGACUCCAGGCCUCAGAGCAAGAGAAUGGUUUUGGAUGUUGGGACAUGGGAGCAGAUAUUUCAAGAACUGAUCUCGCAGGAGAAACCCGAGGCAAGAUGGACCCUGAAGAUGCAUGGGAACCUUCAGCCAGACUGUGUGGCCCCAGGGUGGAAGCAAUACAAGCAGAGAGCAUUUGGCAGGUUCUCGUGUUCCUCAUGCCAUCGAAGCUGGGCUUCUGCCCAAGUGCAGAUCCUAUGUCACAUGUACCUGGAGCACCAGAAGUCCCAGGGAAAGGUGCUUGUGCGGCUCUUUGGUCAGAGGUGCCGGAAGUGUUCCCAGUCUCAAUUUGAGAAGCCUGAGUUCUCCCUGGAUAGCACCAUGAGGAUUCUGAACAACCUGGUGCAGCGUAUUCUGGAGAGAUUCUACAGAAAUGGCAUCAGGAAGGUUUUGGAGAUGCCAGUGAUCCAGGAGGUGCCUUUGAAUGGGCACCAUGAUGUGGUCAAUUGUGAGGCAUGUGUCCUGGGCUUCUGUGUACAGAACUUACCUAACUGCACGACAGAGCCAGCCAAAUCCUCUCUCUCCUACACGAAGACUGGCAGCUCCUCUCCUCACCUUGGUGACGUGUAUGGCCAAAACCGAGCUAGGAACCAGUCAGCUGAGGCAAAGGAGACUCAGGGAAGUGGGUAUUCCUGCGCCCAUAAAGGCCCAGGGCCCAGCCAUGCCACUGCUGGGAUCCAAGUGCCUGGGACAGGCCCUCAGCUCAAACAGGAGACAGGCCGACUGCUCACACCAGGGACAGACCGGCAGGCUGCACAGGGAACAGGCCUACAGCCCAUCCGAGUAGCAGGAUCACUUCCCCCAGGGUGGACAGACCCACAGCCCAGACAAGCAAUAGGUCCACUACCUAAAGGGUUGGCACAUUCACAAUCCACACUGGGGACAGGACCACAGAACCCCCGGCUGACAUAUUCUCAGGCUAUAAAGAUGUCAGGCCAGCAGUUGACACAGGACGCACAAGCCACCCAAGGGGCAGGUCGUCAGGCCACAAAGGUGACAGACCCACAGCCCACACGGGGGACAAUCCCAAGGGCCACAUCAAGGUCAGACACUCAGGCUACAGGGAGGGCAGACCCCUCACCACUGGGGUCAAACUCACAGCCCACACGGGGAACAAUCCCAAGGUCCACAUCAGGGUCAGACAGUCAGGCUACAGGGAGGGCAGACCCCUCACCACUGGGGUCAAACUCACAGCCCACACGGGGAACAAUCCCAAGGUCCACAUCAGGGUCAGACAGUCAGGUUACAGGGAGGGCAGAACCCUCACCACUGGGGUCAAACUCACAGCCCACACGGGGAACAAUCCCAAGGUCCACAUCAGAGUCAGACAGUCAGGCUACAAGGAGGGCAGACCCCUCACCACUGGGGUCAAACUCACAGCCCACACGGGGAACAAUCCCAAGGUCCACAUCAGGGUCAGACAGUCAGGCUACAGGGAGGGCAGACCUCUCACCACUGGGGUCAAACUCACAGCCCACACGGGGAACAAUCCCAAGGUCCACAUCAGGGUCAGACAGUCAGGCUACAGGGAGGGCAGACCCCUCACCACUGGGGUCAAACUCACAGCCCACACGGGGAACAAUUCCAAGGUCCACAUCAGGGUCAGACAGUCAGGCUACAGGGAGGGCAGACCCCUCACCACUGGGGUCAAACUCACAGCCCACACGGGGAAUAGGCCCCAUGGCUACAUGUAGGACCUUCAGUGAAAGUCAAGCUGCCUGGGUCAGGCAGGAGAGGUGCUCACCUAGAGGGUCUGCUCCAGACAGCUUUUUCAGAUUAUCUCCCUCAAUGCAACCAAAUAAUUCCCUUAACCAGGAGCAGCUGUUCAGGUGGGGCUAUGUCUGUGUUGUUGCUCUGUUUACCUUUUUUGUAUCUAAAUACCUAUAAGUAGAACGAUGAAAAAAGACUUGUCUUCUCUUGUCUUAAUUCCAUGGUAAUCAAUGAACUGGCUGCCAUUUUAAUAUGACAGAAUUUGCUUUGGGACCAAUGCAGGGUCAAGUUUAUAGAAUAAGAUC